AUGAGUACUCCAGGUCUGAAGAAAAAGUCUCGACGGACGCGUGAGCAAUGCAAAAUAUCGGCAGCACGCACGGCCAAAAUGUGGAAGGAGGUUGGUGAUGCGCGGAGUGCUUACAUGGUCACCAUCACAGACCUUGCAGAAAAAUACCAUAUCUCACUCGAGUGGAUGUCGAAGCAGUUUUUCUUGGGAGGAAAGCUGUUAAAGAGUUCCCGCAAAGUCUCCAUGUUCAAUGCGGUCGUGAGACGCGAAAUUGCCAAGUGCAAGGAAAAUGGUAUCUUAGAUGGUAGGAAGACACUCGCCAUCGUCUCCAGAGAACUCAAGGAGUCUGGCGAGUGGAAAAACCUAACACAAGAGGAGGAAGAUGAAUUAAUGGACGACAUACAAGUCGAAAGCGUGUCGAAGGCUUCGAUAAAGGUUUAUGCCAAGGAUGUUGCAACGGAAAUUGCAAAGACUAUGGGUAAUAUUGAUCCUGAGAUUAUAGGCCUCGAAAAACGCACCGGUUGCAAUGUGUUCUGGGGUCUAACGAGGAACGCAUCAAACAACAAUUUCGGACCACAAAGCUAUGCGUCCGACCCCGUCAAAAAUGCCUGUCUUGCUCUGUUCAAGCUGAUGCCUGAACAGAUAGUUGUCAACAUCGAUGCCUACAUUGUGUCAGGUGUCAAAGGUGUUGUUCGCACUUCAGGUGCGAGGCAGACAACACUCCUCAAAAAGGAAAUUCGAGACAUGAUUCGCACCAAUAUGGAGGAAAUCCUCAACACGCAGGGUGUUUCAGCCGCAGAAAUGCCUCAGGUAGCAUACCAUAAUCAUGAAUGGUUCAUUCGUGCAUGGGGCAUCGAGCUCAUAGGAUGGACGGAGGGCGCUAUCACUAACCCAGGGGAGAUUAGCUCGAGUGUUGCUCUCAGACGUUUGCACAAUGCUCUCAAGGUUGGCUUAUGUUACUGGCGUGAACUGACAGAUGAAGAACUCGCUACAAGAAAGGAGGCACACGAGCAACGUAUUAUUUCGGGGGAGGAGCAACCUAGAGCAACCCGUAGCGAUAAGGGAAAAAGAAAGCGCGGUAGGCCUUCACCAUCCAUCAGCGCGAAGAGCAAGGCUAUCAUCCAAGACGAAGAUUCUGAAGACGAAGAUCUUACUAACCGCACCUCCAACAACGAUUCCCCCACUCCUCCCACCCCUCCUUCACCUGCCAUUAACAACGGGGCCAGCCCUCUAUCUGCCAGAAUUACGGACAUCUCGAACAACAAUGAAGAUGUCCCCGAACGGUCUCCAGCUCUCAUUGAGGGUCCUCAAAGGCGCCCAGACUUAGUUGAAGGUACCGCGGGUGCGAUGGGACCCGAUAAUCAAAUCCCAUCGUUCCUUUCUAUUGAGGGCACGACGAGUACCCAUCAGAACGGCGCAUUCAACAUUUUUCAACCCUGGAACACGAGCACUGUCAUGCAUGGUAUGUGA